CGGGAAGAGUCGGAACUGCGGUUUGUGACCUUUGAUUUGCGGAAGGGCCCCGCCGAUACUAAUGCCCGCCCGGCACAAUGACGGAAUGUGGUCGGCAAAGCAGAAUGGCAUUUUGUGUCAUAGCGGGGCAUCCGUUGUGGGCUCGUGGCUCUCGGCAGCAUCAGAUGCUAGAUGCGCCGGGCCAACGGAGACCAACAGGACGGUCGACCGCUGCAUACCGCCCCUCGCCCUUUGGGACCACCCUCAAUCCUCAACGGCGCGCGUCAUGA